UUAACCGCGCGGAAUGAUGUAAUCUGCAUCUUGGAAUAGUGACCUCUGGCCCAAACUUUUAACUCUGUCAAGACUCCAUGGCCGGGACCUAAGCCUCUCCUCUUCAAUCUUAAUAUCGGGAAGGAGUGUGUAGGGGCAAAACGGGGGUGCGACGUAGAAAAAAGCCCAUGGUGGUGGAGAGAUAGUGAUGUUAUUGGUACGGGCUUUGGAUACGUCCUCACACUUAGGUAGACGACGUUCCACCGUUUUGACAGAGUAAGGUCAGAUACGCGUGUGGAGUGGGAGGAAUGGGAAGCACGCCUUGGGGUCAGCAGCAGCGAGCAAUGAUGGCCCGGGCUGCCUCGCGUCUUCGGAGCGGCGGAGCGGGAUGGCCUUGUCGGAUCCAAGUCCGUCAUGUUUUGGUGGUGGAUGCCAUGUCAGGUGGCGUGUGGUGGGAGUUGACCAGGAGAAGGCUCCGCCGAGGCGGCCAGAUCUACCACUUUGAGAAGGUAUGCUCCUUCCUCGACGGCCUCUCGGGCUGCACGUCGUCGGCUCGCGGCAAGAACGCGUCAGGGUGCAGCCACUGCUUCUUACCUUCUUCCCCUGCAGUAUCCUCAGCCCUCUCGCCAGACAUCACAAUCAUGGACACGCAAGACCCAACCGCGAACGGUGUUCGCCCCGAAACCCAACGCUUGCUGUGGCUGAUGCCGGACCACCCAAUGUGCCACGAAGCGCUCUGCAUGGCAGACCAGUCGCUCUCUUUGCCCGUCGUCUACCACAGCUUCCGCGUCUGGCUCUACGCAUGCGCUCUCAUCCAGGACGACGCCCCGGAUUAUUCCGUCUCGCUCGAAGACCGGGCCCAGCUGGCGGCGCACCAACGCGACCAAUCACCCCAUCUCCUCUCGCCAGUCAGAGUUGACCCCCCCACCCUCUUCGUCGCCUGCAUCCUCCUGCGCUACGGCUCGGCAACUCAAUUCGACAACCACCGGGCCCGCUUCGAGGUCAUAUCGGCCGACCAAGUCGCCCACGUCCUCCGCAAGCACUGCCUUACCCAAGUCAUCGUCGACGAGAUGUGGCUUGCCGUCGCCUUGCACACGAGUACGGGCAUCGCCGAGGCCAUCCCGGGCGUUCCGCGCGCCGUCAAGCUGGCGCUGCUGACGGACGAAGGGCUGCGUCCACCCCCGCAGAGGAGCCUCCUGCCGGGCGGGCCGGACACGGCCAACUGGAUGGUGGGGGCACUGGCUGGCGGGUGCAUGGUGAGACAACAGCCCGGCCGCAAGGACGACCCGCAAUAUAGCCUGCAGGUGCGGCUGGCGAUGCAGUCGAGGAAAGAUACGGAUCCGGUUAUGGAGAACCUCAAGGCGCCGAAGGGGUCGCUUGCGGCUGACUUGGUCGGCGCGUGGAGGACGUCUGAGGGGUUGUUGCGUCGGGGUCAAGGAGGAGGGGGAGGACGUGGGUUUGAAGAUGGAAGCGGCGGGAACGGUGAUGGGAGAGAAGGGAAUGGUGCAUUGGUGGGAGAGGUGGAAGAGGUGGGAGACAUGGUGGGGGAGAUUACAAUAAAGUUCAAAGCCUCACCCGCCAGGGGUGAUCUUCCGACUUUCGCCUUCUAA